GUACUUCUGGCUCGGCGGAGUAGGAGGAGGAGUCCUAAUUUUGCCAGGAUACAGCUGGGCAAACCUCUCUCUCCGCCCCGGAAGUGCGUCCAGGCAGAGCCUGCGCUACUUUGGCGCGCUUUUGAAAGAAUCCCUUCCUGCUUUGGCCGCGGCUCGCACCGGUUUUGGUCCUAGUUUGCUUUUUUGCAAACGCCUUUUCCUCUGGAGCGCGCUUAGUAUCCUCGUCCUUCCGUCUGGCAGGGAUGCGCACCCGCGAGGAGGUGGACGCGACGCUGCAGAUCGCUAAGCUGAACCCUUCGGAGCUGCUCCCCACCGUGCACUGCCUGAGCUUCAGCCCCGGGGCCAGCGGGGCCACGGCAGGGGACUUCUGCCUGGUGGAGCUCGAGCCCACCCUUUGCCAGCAGCUGGAGGCGGGGCACAGUCUUGUGAUCCGUGGUGACAAAGAUGAACAGGCAGUGAUUUGCAGUAAAGAGAAAACCUAUGAUCUGAAAAUAGCAGAUACUUCAAAUAUGUUGCUUUUUAUACCUGGCUGUAAAACUCCAGAUCAAAUAAGAACUGAGGAAAUGCCUUCUGACAUAAUUCACACUGAGAUCUUUGGUUUUGCUAACAAUUAUUGGGAAUUACGAAGAUGUAGGCCAAAAUUAAAGAAACUGAAGAAGCUUUUGAUGGAAAAUCCAUAUGAAGGGCCUGAUGCUCAAAAAGAAAAGGAUUCAAAUCUUUCAAAAUAUACAAUGGCAGACUUGUUUGAUCAGAUUCAGGCAAGUGAGGAAGAAAUCCUGGCCCAUUUACAAGUUCUACAUGCCUGUGAAAUCGGAGGUUAUUGGAGGAGUCUCGAAUUUGAUUAUGAGAUGAAACUUCUAAAUCACAUAACCCAGCUUGUGGAUUCUGAAUCUUGGCCUUUUAAUAGAGUUCCUUUAACUGUCUGUCUUCAGGAACUUGGACCAUUGGAACCAGAGCAAAUGAUAGAACACUGUCUUGAAUGCUAUGGAAAGAAAUAUAUAGAUGAAGGCGAAGUUUAUUUUGAAUUAAAUACUGAUAAAAUAUGCAGAGCAACAGCACAGAUGCUAUUACAGAAUGCAGUGAGAUUCAAUCUCUCUGAAUUUCAGGAAGUGUGGCAACAAAGUGUUCCUGAAGGAAUGACAACUAGAAUGGAUCAGCUGAAGGGUUUGGCACUCAUGGAUAAAUAUACUCGGCCAGAAACUAUAUUUUUGCUAAAGGUAGAUGAUUUACCUGAAGAAAACCAGGAAAGAUUCAAUAGCUUAUUCACUUUGAGAGAGAAGUGGACAGAAGAAGAUAUUGCUCCAUAUAUUCAAGAUCUGUGUGGAGAGAAACAAACAAUCGGUGCACUGCUCACCAAAUAUGCUCGUUCCUCAAUGCAGAAUGGUGUUAAAUUUUAUAAUUCUAGAAGACCUGUCUCUUAAAAGCCAAGCAACAUGUACUUUAGCUGUUGAUUGUGAUUUUUGUAUCUGAUGUGUUGAUAUUUUGUUGAUUUUCCUCUUGGAUUUUUUUUUAGGCAUUCUGCUUAUCUAUUUUAGGGCUCUGUACCCCGUUUUUAUUUUGGACUCUUGGGACACUUGUGUAGCAUUGUAUCCUAUCAUUUUAGGUAUUUUUAGCAAUACUGCAUAUUUUAUAUAUGCAGUAACAAAAAGAAAAUUACAUUUUCCAUAUUUAGCAACUCUGUGCUUAUGUCAUUAUUAAAUAAGAUGAUUAUCUUUUCUGUGAUGACCAAAAUUUAUUUCUUCAAUGAGAGUUGGGAUUAUACCUGUAAAUUUUAAGAUAACUUUUCAAGGGACUGAAAAAUAAUCACAAUUAUCUCAUUCACAGAGGAGCAUUCUCAAGUGAU